AACGUUAUUUUUGCGAAUUUAAUAAAAUAGCAUGGCCAAUAUUUGUGUAAAAACUCUUUUGCCGGCUAAUCGUAUAUUGGGGGCUACAACCUCAACCAUCUGCAGCCAACGUUCAAAAUCAUGGUUCGACGGUGUGAAAAUGGGUCCACCCGAUGCCAUUUUGGGCAUUACAGAGGCAUUCAAAAGAGACACAAAUCCUAAACGUAUUAAUUUGGGUGUGGGUGCCUACAGAGAUGAUAAUGGCAAUCCCUGGGUGUUGCCUAGUGUUAUUAAGGCUGAACAACGUGUCAUUGAGAAAAAAUUGAACAAGGAAUACGCCACAAUUUUAGGUAUCCCUGAAUUCUACAACAAAGCCAUCGAAUUGGCCUUGGGCAACGAUUCACAAGUUUUACACGAGAAACGUAAUUCAACCGCACAGGGCAUAAGUGGUACUGGAAGUUUACGUAUUGGUUCGGCUUUUUUGAGUAAAUUCUGGGAUGGCAAUCGCGAGGUGUAUGUACCUAAUCCAACAUGGGGCAAUCAUGUACCAAUCUUUGAACAUGCCGGUUUGCCCAUUAAGAAAUAUCGUUACUAUGAUCCCAAUACAUGUGGUUUGGACUUCAAGGGAUGUUUGGAUGACAUUAGUAAAAUUCCAGCCAGAUCAAUUAUUCUGUUGCACGCCUGUGCCCACAAUCCAACUGGUGUUGACCCCACCAAAGAACAAUGGUUGGAACUUUCGAAGUUGAUUAAGGAGAAGAAUUUGUAUCCAUUCUUCGACAUGGCUUACCAAGGAUUUGCAUCUGGUGAUAUUGAUCGUGAUGCCCAAGCUAUACGCAUUUUCGAAUCAGAGGGACACCAAUACUGUUUGUCUCAAAGUUUUGCCAAGAAUAUGGGUCUGUAUGGUGAACGUGCUGGCGCGUUCACUGUUGCCUGCGCCAAUAAAGAGGAGGCUGAUCGUGUUACAUCACAAAUUAAAAUUUUGAUUCGUGCCCUUUACUCAAAUCCACCAAUCCAUGGUGCCCGUUUGGUUGCGGAAAUUUUAAAUGAUGCUCAAUUACGCAGCGAAUGGCUGAAGGAUGUCAAAGUUAUGGCUGAUCGUAUUAUCGAUGUUCGCUCCAAGCUAAAGGACAACUUGAUUAAGAACGGCUCAAAGCACUCUUGGGAUCACGUUACCAAUCAAAUUGGUAUGUUCUGUUACACUGGCAUGAAACCCGAACAGGUUGAUUGUUUGGCCAAAGAAUAUAGCAUUUACUUGACUAGAGAUGGUCGCAUUUCAAUGGCUGGUGUUACCACGAAAAAUGUCGAAUAUUUAGCCAAGGCCAUGCACGAAGUCACUAAAUAAGGUGUUAUUCCAGCAAUUACAAUGAAAUGCAA